UCAUAAAUUAUCACAUGCGGCAAUGUACACAAAAUCACACCACAAUAGCCUUACACAAGUCCACGCCAUUCGCUCCUAGGUGCCCACAAGUGAAGAGAAAUGCGAUGUUUAAGAGAGUUGAUGUUAAUGAUGGUCGUCUGCCAGGGACUGGCGACCCCUCUGAGUCUGAGCGGAACGCUUGGUCCAGACGGUACUGAUGAAGAUGGGAAUCCUGAAGUUCUGUCGUCGCUGACGCUCCUUCAUGAGGACUCUUCAGAUUGCCAGGUGGGAGACGGAGCGUCCUACCGAGGAACAGUCUCUGUGACGGAGUCAGGAAAGACGUGUCAGCGCUGGGACAGUCAGGAACCGCACGAACACAGCAGAACACUAGCGAACUACCCAUCAGCCGGACUGGAGCAGAACUACUGCCGGAACCCGGACGGCUGGACUGAGGUGUGGUGCUACACCACGGACCCCGACACGAGAUAUGAGCGGUGUGACGUGCGAGACUGUGCUGAUUGGUUGGCCCGGGACCAGGCAUGGGCUGUCGGGUCGUCUGGAGCUGUCUACAGUUUCGGCGGUCUGACUUUCGACGCCGGGAAGGUGCUGGACGGCGACACGAGCACCUACUGGAACCCUUACGGACUGGAACGGUACUACAACAACUGGUACAUCGUGUUGGACCUGAGGGUGCCCUACAGCCUGUUCCGUGUCGGGAUCGCCAACUUCGGAGACGACAUCCACGACAUUAAAGCAUUCACACUGCAGAGGUCGGGCAGUGGGUAUCCUUAUAGCUGGGAAAACGUCACGAGCGCAGAUGACAUCGUGGCAGGGACAGACGAAUGGCAGGAACGCGGCGGUUUCGCGGCGACGGCGCGACACUGGAGGCUCCUUAUCAGCCAAACCCACAAAGGCUGGCAGCCAUGGCUCCUGGAGCUGGGGCUCUAUGGCUUCCGGGUCCUGGCGGACGCCCCUCCUGGUUACGCCGUUUUCCGGAAAAACUGCAUCCGGCACCGGAACCAGCUCGGCACGGAGAGGGACUCCUCCGUACAAAGAUGUGCAGUGUCAUGCGACUUGCUCCUCGCAUGUCGGUCGUUUGACUUCAACUUCCACCACCUGACGUGUUCCCUGUCCACCGACACCCGCGACAGUGCUGCCCAGGCGUACGAGAACUGCCCUGCCAGAUUCCAGCAACAAACGGACUACUACGAGAAGCAGGAUCAUCCACAGACCAAGGAUGUACCAGCACCGACGUACUACAACCCCUUAGACCAUGAGUCCACGUUUUCCACUCCUAACGGUCACACACUGGACGAAGGUGUCGGCGUCUCGGCCUUGCAGCUCGAGUCGCGCCGUAGCCAGUACGCCAACCUGGGGAGCUUCGCAGGCACGUGCUUCGGCAGUACCCUCAACUGCCCCCGAGGCUUCACCCUGGCCUUCUGGUUCAAACGUCCCGCCGGUGAUAACCGUCCACAGUACUACAUCAACAGCGGCGGGCACGACUUCACCAGGACGCGAGGGUUCACGCUGACCAAGACCGUCGCCGAUCUAGACAACGAUCUCUACAACGUUGCCGUCAACGGUCGUCUGUGUCGCCACGAGGCAAAGGUCUACCUUCUGGCCGACCGGUGGACGCACGUGGCCGUCACUUGGCUGGAGGAACGCGGCCUGGAAAUCUUCGUGGAUGGGAGGGUCCAGCUGGUGGCUGUCCUUGGAACGGAGAUCCCGCCCUUGGAGAAUGACCCCUACACAGACGUGUUCCUGGGCACCGCCAACACCCAACCGGGGGAGCACACGGGGGAGGCCAUGUUCGACGAGCUGAAGUUCUGGGACUGGGUCCUGUCUGACGGACAGUUACAACUGGCCAUGAUCCCAGGAUCAGUUGAGUCGUCCGUCUGUACAGACCAGCGGGACCACUGUCAGGGCUGGGCCGCUGAAGGGAACUGUAACAACAACUACCAGUCCUACAUGCGCCAGUACUGCCCCAGGAGCUGCGGAUUUUGCUCUGGACCAACCGACUCAACUGUCAAUGAGGACGCUGCGGAUGAAACACCAAUGAUGUCUCCGGAGCGAGCCUGUGGGGACAGGAACCAGUACUGUGUGAGCUGGGCGUCCCAGGGCUACUGCCGGACCAACUACGCCUACAUGGUGCAGAGCUGCCGCCGGGCCUGCGGCUUCUGUACGGUGACAAGUGGCGGAACGGGAGGCGGCUCUAUGACUAACACCAAUUGCAUGGACAACCACUACCACUGUCCCAGUUGGGCCACGCGAGGCUUCUGCGCUCCCGGCAACUCUCACCACACGUACAUGAUGCGGUACUGCCGCAAGAGCUGUAGGAAGUGUGGCACGGAGGGAACCGGGACUGGGACAGGGGGUCAUGGAGGAGGUAUGGUUAUGAUUGUGUGUUGAGGCUCACAAAGAUACAUCAAUGUAGCGUUAACGUUAAAGAUAAAACUCAGAAAGCACACAUCUCCAGCAAGUUAGGAGAGUUCCUA